AUGGAGAAAAUUCAGCUUCCGAUUUAUGAUAAUUCUGAUGACUCGAUGCAGUCCUCUCAAGAUAUGGCAAGUAAACUUCAUAGUACAGCUACUGAUUCUAUUAAAGCAAACUCCAUUACUGAUUUCGAUUUUAUUAAGUCAAAAGCAACCAACAUCAAUAUUUCAAAUUGGAGAAAUUACGAAUUACCUCCAAUAACUUCAGAUGAGCAAACAAAUGAAACAGAAAUUGCAAAUGAUUUUGAGAUGGCUCAUUUAUUUAAUCAAAUACAAACAUCCUAA